UCUCACCAGGACCCAGAUGCAACGGCUGCAGGUUCAUUUCCUCUGCCAGCAUCUUCAGGAAAGAUGAAGGUGCCGGGGGGAAAAGCAUCCUCAGCGAUCCAAGUGUCGGCGGUUUAACCCGUCUUUAAAUCUUCACCAGACCAUUGAAGCAGUAAGCGCACCAGGAUGUGGGUAUUGCAGUCAAGGCCAGAACUUAUUGUCCCAAUUUUGAGAAGCUAACCAACCAUUUUGGAGGGCAGUUAAAGAAACAAACACACUGCAGUGGGUCUGGAGUUACAGAAAGAUCAGACCAGAGGUUUGAUGUUCUGAACCAAGGAUGCCGCUCAUCAAGAGGAUCAUUGAACCUCGGCAUCUGUGUCAUGGAGCUUUACCAGAAGGUGUCACCAAUGAGUUGGAAUGUGUGACAAACAGCACGUUAGCUGCCAUUAUAAAGCAGCUUGGCAGUCUCAGCAGACAUGCUGAAGAUAUAUUUGGCGAACUCUUUAAUGAAGCUAACAAUUUCUGUAUGCGAGUUAAUUGUCUUCAGGAGAGAAUUGAUUGUUUGGCAAUUAAAGUCACUCAACUGGACUCCACUGUGGAGGAAGUCUCACUUCAGGAUAUCAACAUGAGGAAAGCAUUUAAGAGUUCAACAACACAAGAUCAGCAGGUGGUUUCACGGAAUACUAUUCCAAAUCCAGUUUUGGAAAUGUUCCAGCAAUGUGACAAACCACCACCUCUCAACAUCCUGACACCAUACAGGGAUGACAGAAAAGAUGGGUUGAAAUUUUACACAGAUUCCUCCUAUUUCUUCAAUUUAUGGAAGGAAAAGAUGCUGCAGGCCACAGAGGAUAAAAGGAAGGAAAAGCGAAGACAAAAGGAACAGAAACUGGUGGAAGAUGCCACUCGUGAGGUGAAGAAGGUUCGUAAAGCUCGAACCCGACGACCAGAGUGGGAUGUGAUGGGACGCGAUAAAGAGUUUCGAGCUGAUCACAGGUUUUCUCCGUCACCCUAUCACAUAGCAUCUUCUGAAGGAUCAGUGUCACCUGAUACCAGGUCUUAUGCGUCUGAUGUUGGAGAGCUUUCAUAUCCUGCUAGCCCCAAUCAUCCAGUUCAACAGUCAGCUGUCUCCAUUUCUUGUGUAGCACCUGAUAACAAAGAGCUCUUAUCAGCUGUAACCCAGGCACAGGAUCGUGCAUACAGACUACCUGCCACAAACGUUCGGCAAGCCUCACUUACCAGACCACAGCAGCCCCACCUGACACAGCCUACUGAAGCAACACUGAAUGGACCAAGACCCCAACUAGUUAAAGACUACAGUGCACAGCCAGUGCAGUUGGCAGAGUACUAUACACCACCUGCCCCUGCGCCUCCUCCUCCACCCCCUCCCCUCAUCCCAUCAGCCCAAACAGCAUUUGACAGUCCGAUUUCUGCAACUCCACCUCUUGCAGUCAGUUCAGUGGCAGCAGUGGGCCGCACGUAUACCCCUUCCCCUCCCCCACCUGCACCUCCAUUGUCUUAUACGCCACCACCUCCUGGUCCUCCUGCUGCACCCCCUCCUCCUCCACCUGGUCCACCACUUUUAGCCACUUCUCCACUGCACGCUGCUUCGCCACCCACUGCAAUUGAAAUAAAGAAAGCCCAAGCAACUCUGAUGCCAAUUAGUGAUGCUCGAAGUGACCUGCUGGCUGCUAUUCGAAGAGGAAUUCAGCUUCGAAAAGUACAAGAACAACGAGAGCAAGAAGCGAGAAAAGAGCCCGUUGGGAAUGAUGUGGCAACCAUUCUGUCCCGUCGGAUUGCAGUGGAGUACAGCGAGUCUGAUGAUGACUCAGAACUGGACGAGAAUGAGUGGUCUGAUUAACAAGUUGAUUCAGUAAUGUUCUGUGGAAUGACCCUGCCAACAAGUUUUGUUUUGUUUGUUUCUGAUCAAGUGGAGUGGUUGGUAAUUGCAGUUACAUUUACAUGUCUUCAGUUAAUGCAUCAGGUUAACCACACUCAAGCAAAGCACACAUAAAAAUAUGUAAAAUAAAUCAUUGCUGUUCAUCAGCUUGCCUCUGGUGUAAGAUGUUACAUGUUUUUUAUGAGCAUGGCUUCGGUUUUUCUCCAAGAUUUAGAGUAAGCUUUUGUGAACUGGUCAUAGACUUGUGUAUAUCUAAUGAUGUACACAUUCAAUAAUAUUUGAUAUAUUUGAAACAAAUGUCUACAUGUUGCUGAAAAGGGAAACUUAUAUUACUGAAACAAAAACAGCAGUUGGCAGAAAAACUCAGCAGGCCUGGCAGUACCUGGGAACAGAAUUAAUGUUUUCAGGCCAGUGAAAAUUUCUGAGGAAGGGUCACUGGACCCAAAAUGCUAACUCUGAUUUCUCUUCACAGAUGCUACCAGACCUGCUGAGCUUUUCCUGCAAGUGCUGUUUUUGUGUUUGAUUUACAGCAUCCCACAGUUCUAUUGGUUUUUAUAUUGCUGAAGCUUUUCCUCAUGUUUCUCUGUUCAGCAAUAUACAGGUUCUGUAUUACCAAGUGAAAUGUCUAUAUCUAAUUGCUGUCUGAUGUUAGGGUUCAGGAUUUUUGGUUGACUUAAAAUCUAUGGAACACCAAAAAAGUGAAGUCGAUCCUGCAUUUCAGCCCUUGAUCAUCAAUAUUUUGUCUUCAUCUCAAAAAGUAAAUUUACAAUAUAAAUGUGAAAGGGUUUCUUUAGUACUUGAUUAUAAAGAAUAAUUGGUAAAUGUUAGAGAUUCUAAUCUAUAAAUCAGUAUUCCUCAGUCAUAAUGGUAUUAUUUAAUGGUCUACUUUCUGAGAAUGCUAUUAUUUGAGUUAAAGGUCAACAACAUUACAGACGCUGACAAUCUAGUGAUAAUUUUGUUUUACACUUUGCUCUGUGAAUAUGUAAGUAUCUAACGCUGUUCAAUUAAUUUUGAGUAGUCCAGUCAAUGAGGUCAGAUAAUCAAUAUAAAUUACUCGAGUUGUGCUCUAAUUUACUGCCUUGUGGUGGCAGAAAGAUGUUUACAUGUAUUGUUGCAAAAUACCAGACGUAGGUAAAUACUUGAAGGGCACCAAAAUGCAUGUGUUAUAGGACCAAGAUCCCACAUAAUGAUCAAAGAGUCUCCCCCUAAAUAUGACACAUUAGUAGUAAUAUUACAAAAGGGUCUGAUAAUCAGGUCAGUGAAAAUAGUAUCACUUUCAUAGCAUGAUGUUUGGAAUUUUUAAACAACAGCCACUUUUUAUUUGAAAUCAUUAUACUGUGUGCACUAUUCUGCUUAUUAUAAUGUUCCGGAUAUACCUUUUUGAUAUUGCUUCUUAUUGAGUGUACCUCUCUUAGGCUGCCUCCUUUUUCAUUUACUUCCAGGGGCAAACAGCCCAAAUUUUGUCACGCUUUCAUUUAGAUAAUUGAAAUAAUCUAAUGGGUUUACAUUUUAUAUUUUGCUUACCUUUUGAUGCCCAAAACAAGUUGCGGGUCUGAAGCUGGGAUCCGACCAGAAUGUCAUUUAUUUUUAGCAUGACAUUUUUAAAAAAAUAUAUUCUUGAUGGUCUAUCAGCAUUCUGUUUGCAAUGUUGAUGGCUACUCCUUGUUGACUGAGUAUAUUAAAUUUCGAGGUAAAGAAAUGGAAGAAGCAAAAUGCUGGCAACGUGCUGAUAAUGAUAAUGAUGCUAUUUUUGUAAGUAUCUGGGAUUGAUUCCAGGAAUGAGAAAAUAGGUAAGGAAGAAUGUGUUGCAUCUUAAUAAAAUGGGAAUCCACUAAGGAAAAGGGAAGAAGUUAAAUAAGAUUAAAGGAGAGCAGGGCUAGAUCCCAUUUUAAAUCAAUAGGAUUUCAUGUCAGUAAAAGACAUACUAGAAAUUAAUAAUCCAAAGAAUAAUAUUGGUUGCAGCUUUCAGAAACAGGCAGUUUAGCAGGAAAAAUGAAGAGGCAGAUUUUUGUUAACGGAUAUGUAUGUGAAUGCUAUAAACGUGUGUAAUACAUGAGUGAACCAGGGAAAGUUGUAGCAAUGGAGAACAGCUGUAUAACAAAAGUAUAACUUAUCCCAGAAGAUGUUGACAAAUAUAUCAAAAAAAAGAGUAUAGAACAUUAGAGAAAAUAGAAUAGCUUGAAAGGAAAGGAAUAUGCUUUGAACUAAGUUCUGGAAAGGCAGGGGAAAUACAUUUUUGGAAGGUGAAUCUGUUCUAGCUGAACAGAGCUUGAUAAAACAAUUUUGGAGUUGGUUGAGGGAGAGUGAUGAUGAUUUACUAUAGACUACCAUCUCAAUAAGCAGGAUUGAUCAUAGUGAACAAAUAGACUAAUUAAAAACUUGAUGUUGUCUUUAUAGGCAACUUUCAACCACAAGUUGAGUUGUGAUCAUCCAAAUUAUUUAGAAUCAGAAUUUGUAAAUGCAGUAAUCUGGAAGUUGAGGUUAGUGGUAAAACAGCAGUGUUCAGCAUUGUCCUUGAAGAAAGCUGUUCAGAAAGAUCUAACAUUCUCUGUGAUACAGAUGUCCCCUUACAUGUCAGCAAUUUAAAACAAAUGCUAAGCUGAAGGGAUAUCCAAUCCUGAGUCAGCGAUUAUGCCAUCAAAUUAACUAGCAGCUAUUUCACUUUUAAAUAUUGAUACAGUGAACCAGGAAGUUAAAAACACUGAAUCUCUUCACUUGUAAGUAAAAAGUUCAGAUGAUGAAAUGAUUGGAAUAAUAUGGAAGCCAAAAUACAGGUAAACUUUACAAAAAUCUAUUGUCUUAAAAAUCUGGAUUUUGUGGAUCAUAAUGGAGAGGUUUAAUGCUCCACAAAUGUUAGAUGAGCUUUUCAGGGUCAGUGAGGUGGCUAUAAGUAAUAUUCAAUUUAAAAACCCAUUUUUAGUAACAUAUACCUUUCCCAGGAAUCUGUAGGUAAGAUUGACAGCCCAAGAGUGAAAGUUUCUGUCAAUAUGACCACCAUCCUGAUGUUUGCAGCCUGAGUGCUCCAACAUUAUAUCCACUGGAAAGAAGGUGGAUCAUUGACAGCAACUUUUAGAUUUCAUGACAUUCUGUGCAAGUGUGGCUGCCUAUUGCUUGGAACCUAGCUGCUCACAAUAUAUAUUAGUGUGGAGCACUGUGUGCAGCUCAGUCUCCUUAGCUUAGGAAGGAUAUUAUUGCCAGAGUGAUUGUAAUGAAGCUUCAUCAGAUUUAUUCCCAGGAUGGCACGACUCUCUUAUGAUUAGGAAAACUAAUCUCUAGAGUUUUGAAGAUCGAGAGGUGAUCUCCAUCUAAAAGAUACUUAAAGGGUAGAUGCAGAGUAGAUGCAAUUUAAAUGCUGCCCCGAUUGGGACGUCUCAAACAAGACGACACAGUUUCAAAAUAAGGGGUAGGCCACUUAGGUACGGGACAAGAAUUCUUUAAUUUCGAGGGUUGUGAGUCUUUGGAAUUCUCUUUCCUUGAGGGCUGUGGAAGCACCACCAUUGGGUGUGUUUAAUGUAGACAUUUACAGCUUUCUAAAUAUCAGUGACAUAUAGAGAGUUGGGAAAAAAGGAUUGAAGUGGAUGAUCAGCUGUGUUUGCACUGAAUGACUGACUGAGUAGCAUCAAGGGCUAAAUGGUUUACUCCUGCCCCCCUCCUAACAGGAAGCUAUGUGUCCUGCUUCCUUAUUCAUGCUAAUGAAAUGACCUGGCACUGGGAAUGGAGGAGAAACUCCCAUUUAGGCCCCUUUUGGGACCAUGGAAAUCCUGCCCAGAACACAGGUGUGUAAAGCACUUGCUAGGGACCGAUUCAGAAAAAAUUCUUUAUUCAUACCUCAAUUUAAGACAAAUAGAAUGUAACAGAACUUGUACUGGGUAAGAUAAAUAACUUCAAAGACAAGCCCUAACUUUCAGACCACUUUAAAUAAGAUAACAACUCAAUCCAAACUAAAAGAAGAGAAAAUGAACCACCAAAUCCACAGUGAAGAGGGGAAAUGGGAGGUGCUGUGCUUGGAAGAAGGCAGAAACUUCUGAAGCAUGUCAAAAAACUGACCAAAGGACAAAAGAGUGUGCGAAAGCUGUUUGUGCUUGUUGGGCACUAAACGCUUAUAAACUUUUCAUCCUUUCAUAUGAACAUCAUAGUAAAGUUUUUUUUUUAUCCUCUCCAAUUACUCUCAAGAAGAUAGUGGUGAGCACCGUAUUUGAACUGCUGCAAUCCUUGUGGUGUAGGUAAACUCAUUGUUAGGGGGGGAUCCCGUGACAGUGAAGGCAUGGGGGAUGUAGUUCCAAGUCAGGAUGGAGUGUGACAGGGAGGGAUUUUGCAGAUGGUGGUGUUCCAUGCAUUUGCUGCUGUUUUCCAUUGACUUGGUCAAGGUUGCAGGUCUGCAAAAAGUGCUGAAGGAGCCUUGGUGAGUUGAUGCAGCUCAUCUUGUAGAUGGUAGGUGCUGCCACUGUGUUUUUGUGGUGUGGAAAAUUUAUGUAUUAGUGCAGAUGAAGUAAGCUGCAUUGUCCUGGACAUUGUCAAGCUUCUUGAGUGAUUUUUAAGCUGGGUUGUCUAGGCUAGUAGACAGUAUUCCAUAACGCUGCUGAUUUGUGCCUUGAAGAUUAGAGACAGACUUUGGGGAAACAGGAAACGUGUUAUUUGCUGCAGAAUUCCGAGCUCAAAUCUGCGUUGUAGCAACAGUACUUGUACGGCUGGUCCAUUUCUGUUUCUGAUGAAUAAUAACUGCCUAGGAUGUUAAUAAUAAGAGGUUUAGCACUGGUAAUGCCAUUCAGUAUGAAGGAAAUUGUUUGACUCUACCUUUGCUCAUGCUGCCUAGAGGAAGAAGUGAAUCUUAAUGAAUGACAGUAGAGGUGAAAAUGAGGAUAAACAGAGAUAAUGCAUUCAGAAAGUAUUUCCUCAGGUGUUCAGUUAGGAAGAUUAAUCCAAGGUUUCAAGAUGAACAAAUGAGGCAGUAGAUAUACUCAAACAGUAGCCAAUAGUUUUCCAAACCAAACAAGAAAAAGGAAAUGUUACCUGACUGACUUCAGACCAUUUUAAAUUAUAAAUUGAGGUUUGGAAGAGUGCCAUGUAGUGUCUGUAUUUUGCAUGCAGUUGGACAAGGGCCAGGGAGUGUUGCCAUCAGCGUCAGGAUAACAUAACUGCUUCCUCUGAAUGGUAAAAUUGAUUGUUUAAUAUACUGCUAGGUGUAUACACAGAUGUGUUCAGAGUGGUCCACAAUGCAUUUUGUUUUAAAAUACGUAUGUUUCUCUAUUAUUUAUAAAGUAGCUCAGCAACAGGUUACAUUCCCUAAAAAUGAAUCCAAUAAAUAGCACCUACAACUCAGACUUUCAUCAUUAUUAACAGUUAAACCUCCUAACCAAAAUCAGCAUAAUUCACACUUUCAAAGCCACCAUCAUCUGGACUUUCAUCCACAAUAAAACUGUCUGGUUCACUCACCUGGUAUUUCUGUUCCUUUCUGGAUGUCACUGCUCACUUGGCAUUGUCACAUUUUGCAGAAAGUAGCAAUCCUGCUGCAGAUCUGUUCCUAAUUUCCAGAGCCAUGUCUCGCAAGCUGCUGGUUUGCUUUCCUUGAAAUUUCAUGCAUAGGCAGUGGUGUUUCUGCAUGCUGAACACACUAUCAGUAAAUAGCACAGUUACCAUACCUGGACACAGUGCCAACAUUAUGUUAAAAGCCAAAGAAACAUGUUUGGUGAACAAAAGAGCUGUAUUUUGGACUCAACUCACUUAAGAGAAGCAAACCCCAUGGAUCCACAGCAUCUGUUGAAACACUGAAACUAGAGAUAAGAACUACUACAGUUAGCAAUGAAAGAGUCCUUCAAUAGUGGAGAAAUCCAAUUCACAUCAUAUUUAUUUUUAAAAUGAGAUAAAUUUAAUCUGUGCAAUGUCAGAAUCCAUCAGCCUUCUACCAAUAACUGAAAAAACAGUGGAAUUACUUGUAACACUUUUGGAUUUCUUAAUUUACUGCUUUUAAAUAUUUUCUGGCUGUAAGUAUUACAUUGCCCUUAUAUAGACACAUCAAAUUUCUUAAGCUUUUUAAAGAGCCUGCGUUAAGUACAAUUUCAGUAGCUGUGUUCCAGGAGAACAAACAGAGAAAUGUUUCUGUUCUUUAUUUUUAGCAAUGAAAUAAUCCUAUGCUUCCACAAAAUUGCACUCAGAUCUUUGAGCUCAAAAAUCUUCAGAACACAUUUUGGUUUACAACCUCACACCAGUUUAUAAAGAAGUGAAUUGUUAAAAGUAAUUGUAUUUACAUGCAGAUUUACAGUAAAAAUCUUUCUAUAUUGUCCCUUAAAAAUAUGAUAUGCAAUAUACAACUUAGAGCUACGCUAUGCUUUCCUAAGUAUACUGUAUGCAGUGUUUCUUGUACUUCUUACUGCUAUGGGAAAUAAAAUUACUUGAUCUGUUCUCUAGAGAAUUUCAAACUGAGCCAAAAAUUCAAAUAGCUACAGCUAUUUAACUAUAUCCAAAACAAUUACAAGCAUUCUCUGCAUCAGAACGAAUGUUGACUACAUUUUAAAAAUAACUAGCUGUCAUUCAUAUAACUGAAACAUCAGUCUUUGUUUGAAAAUAGCUUGUUUUUUUUAAAGGCCGAAAGAACUGCACAUGCUGUAAAUCAGGAACAAAAACAAAGUUGCUGGAAAAGCUCAGCAGUUCUGACAGCAUCUGUGAAUGUGAAAACAGAGUUAAUGUUUCGGGUCCGCUGACCCUUCCUCAGUACUCAUACUCACCCCUAGCUCACAGACGCCUGCUGUGAUUUUCUGCUUGUUGGAUGGGGGUUCUAAUGGGGCUGUCUACUCGUGGCUUGCUUGAGGCCCUUAGUGGAAUCAAGGCUAACUUAAGGGUCUCAUCAUACUGUUGGUCAAAUUGGAUGGGCAGCAGGAGAUGGUAGUUGGUUAAUCUAUUACAGUGAGGCUUAGAGGAAGUGGGCUUACCCUGACAUUUAUGCUGGAGUGUAGGAAAUCUAUCCCUGACACAUAAUCCAAGCCACAGGUUCAAGCCUCAAAUUAUGGUUUGAGAUUGUAGAAUUGGGUUAAUAGCUAAUUACCCUGUUUCAGUAGAAAUUUUUUUCAGAUUAGGACAAAUUUAAUUUGUAGGAAUGAAGUUGUGAAUUAUAUUCUGUGCCUUAGUGUACCUAGGAAUAUAUGAUGCAGGUAUUGAUUUAUUUGAUUAACGAGCACAAAAUAUGUGAAUUCAGCUGAGUUUUGAACAUGCAUGGCAGAAAUUGAGAAAACACCGUUUACCUAUAUAACGUAAAACAAUAAAUUUAUUUCCUACCCACCAAAAGAAGAAAAAUAAUAAACAUCAAUAAAGGUCAUUGUUAAUUGCUGUUUAAGUCAAAUUUUAAGGAAUUAGUUAACUAAAAUAUAGAAUCAAUAAGACAUCAAUGCAUUAUGGAAUGUUCUUCCAGUAUUCUCUGUCACUGCUACAUUACCUGUCUGUCUGCACUUGUCUAGGAUUUUACUGAAUGGAAGCUAUCCCCACAGGAGUGUGGGGGAAAAUCCAGGAGCAAAGAUCCCUUGUGGAUGCCUGGGAUAAGAACCCUGAUUCUGUUACCUAGAAUUUAACUUGUAACUUAAUACGCAUAUGCAUUACCUGACCUCACCAUUCACUUUUUCAGUUUCCACUCUGAUCUCAUUCCACUCAGAUCCAACAAAGGACUGUGCCACUUGUGUUGAUUUCCACUUUUAGAACUAGCAUUGAAAUGAAAUAUACAUGCCAGUGCCAGAGUUGCAUUUCCAUAUGGUUGUUUACAUUAUGGUACCCUGUAUCCUGGGUAGUAUAAUUCCAAAAGUAAAAUACAGCUGAAAUCGGCGCAAUUGGAGAAAUCACCGAGAAAAGUUGAUAUCACAAUGAUCUGUUACAGCGUCAAAUUUAUUUGGUUCAGUCAUGGAAAUUGCACACUCAAACAAAAACAGAAAUUGCUGUAAAAGCUCAGCAGGUCUGACAGUAUUU